AUGCAUUCCAAUCACAUCAUACACGGCGAUAUAAAGCCUGAAAAUGUCCUCAUGUUGAAGAGGGAGGAUGGCUCGCUAUCAGCCAAAGUCGCCGAUUUUGGCUACCUCGCCUCUUCUGGUGAUAGUAGCAACCUGUUGGAGCUGCUCAAUACCUCUCCAUGGCAUGCACCCGAGCGCCGGGAGCGUUCUAACCUUGCGCCAGCCGAGGUAAUGACUGCGGAUAUCUUCUCCUUUGGCAUGGUCUCUAUGCUUUUGAAGAUGGCGCACAGUCCCGAUCAUGUGCCCGUGUCCUGUUUGGAUUACCUGAGUGACCCGGGGCUUGAUAGGAGCCAGGCUAUAGCAAACAAGCUUCGCCCCGCCAACUAUCUGCCAGAUCCAGCUAUCUUGAAGAUUUUCGCAGGCCAGCAGAGUUUCGCCGUGCAACUGGCACAAACACUGAUCUCAGGACGGGAUGGCCUUGACGGGAAGCUGGAGACUGAAUUUAAGCCGCUUUUUGAUGGUACUCUUGCACUGGAUCCGAAAGAGCCUGUGGCUGACCUGAGAGUGUUACUUGAGCUCAAGGCCCCAGGUCCCCUGCGGAGGCUAUAUGCCUGUGACUUCCGACUGCGGUAUUGCGUUCUCAGAGCCCUCGCCGAGAUAGUGACACCCAAUCCCGAGAGCCCAUGCGCUGCCGACUUGGCACUUUGUCAUGACCUUUGCUUUGGGAGCCUGAAAAAGACCAAGGAAGCGACGGGCAGUAAACCGGAUCUUGACCUCGACACUGAUCUGGCACAGAAAAUGGCUGCACUGGAUUUGGAAGGACUGGGCUUCGCCUGGGACGAAAUGAGCCGCAUUAACUCUAAGGUCGUGAGGUCAUACGUCGAGCAAGACAUUCUCGCCCAGGCCGCAGCAGUGACCAGACAGGACUUGGAACACGUGCAGCAUCUAUUGGGUCCCGGAAACACAGUGGCUCUAGACAUCAAGUGCAGGUUGUUUGGGAUUCUACUGGCUCAAGGUCGGUAUGAUAAAGCCAGAAGGCUCAACCCCAAAGUCAUGACGGAGUCGACGGCCGCACUGGGUGCAAAGUACCGCCGGAGGCUCAUGGCCUCGAAUCAUCUGGCCGUUAUUGAUUAUCACCAUUUCUACGAAGACGUUGAGGGUGAAGGUCAGAAGUUCCGGAAUGCUAUGCCACUGGCCGCUGAAUUCUUUCACCAGUGGAAAGAGGCUUUUGGCGAACGCGAUCUCGACACAUUCAAGAGCAUGAGCCUUUUGGCAGGGGUUGUCGUUGAGCAGACGCAAUGGGUUCGAGCCAAGGAGAUCCAUACUUCUGGUGAGGAUUACGAAAGAAACGCUGGGGCAUGA